AAUUUACUAAUAUUGAAUAUCGUAAAAUUUCAGGCGAUGCUGACGAUCGACCACCGCGCAAGAAAAAACCACGUGAUCCGCAAAGUCUCAUAGGCAGUAUGAUGACGAAUAUGCCAACGGCGCAACAACAUCAGCAAAUGCAAAUGCAUCUGGAGCAUGUGGAUCAGCUGCUGAACACCAUGCAGGAUGUCACCACGCCCACACAUCAAAUGAAUAACCUGUUGAGCAAUGCCAAUACGAUGGUCGCAGCGGCCAUGAUGAACAACAACAACAAGACGGGGUCGAGUGGCGGCAGCUUCGAUCCGGGCAGUAUGCUGCAUUCGUCGGGCCAUCAUAAGAACGGGGUGGCUGCAAUGAAUACGGGUGCGUCCGCUGCUGCGAGAAUACCGCCGCACGGCUAUGGCGGAGCAGCGGCAGCUGGCGCUGCUGCGCAGGCGGCGGCGGGCAGCGUGGGUGGCAUACGGAUUGCUAGCAAUCUGCACAAGCAGCCCGAGGCGAGCGAUCACCAUGCGGCGCUGGCAGCGGCGCUCGCUUCCACCGGCAACAAUAGCAGUAGUAAUGCCAACAAUAACAAUAACAAUAACAACAACAACAGCAACAGCAAUGCGGGCAUGGGCGUUAGCGAUGGCCUGUCGAGCGCCUCGCUAGCGGCCGGCCUCAAGCAGAUACCGCAAUUCGAUGAUCCCGUGGAGCAGUCGCUGGCCUCCUUGGAGUUUAGCGCCUCCUCCACGGGCAAGUCCUCACUGACGGAUAACUUUUUGAUGGCCCACCAGGCGCACCUGAUGCAGCAGCCGGGCGGCAAUCAGCAGCAGACGGCGCAGCAGCAACAGCAAUUCGCCCUGCAACAGCAGCAACAGCAGCAGCAGCAGCAACAACAGCAACAACAGCAGCAGAUACAGCAAAUGGACUACAUGACCGAGCUGCUGACGAAGAGCGUGGAGAAUGUGGCCGGCAUGAAUGGCAACCAUUUGCUGAACAACAGCAUCUUCAACAUGGACCUGGCCACGGCUGCCUACCAGCAGAAGCAGCACAGCCAUCAGACGCAACAGCAGCAACAGCAGCAGCAGCAGCAGCAACAGCAGGCGCACAACAAUGGCUACAAUGUGGCCGACUUUAGUGGAAUGGCAGGCUUCGAUAAUCUCAAUAUGUCCUCGUCCAGCUUGCUGGAUCACACGAUGCCAAUGGCCAUGAUGAUGGGCAAUGCGGGUGGCAAGCUCAAGGAUGGUGAUCAGCAGCAGCAGCAGUUGCAGCAGCAGCAACAACAGCUCCACCAGCAGCAGCAACAGUUGCAACAACAGCAGCUGCAGCAGCAGUUGCAGCAACAACAGUUGCAACAACAACAACUGCAGCAGCAGCAGCAGCAACACCAUCACCAACAGCAGCAACAUCACCAUCAACAGCAGCAGCAUCAGGUCGGCAGUCAGGCGGCCAACAAAAUGCUAAUCAUACCGAAGCCCAUUGAAUCGAUGAUGCCCAGCCCGCCCGACAAGCACCAGUUGCAGCAGCAGCAGCAGCAGCAACAUCAGAAGGUGCUGCCACCACAGCAAUCGCCCUCCGAUCUGAAGAUGCACGGCGUUGGUGCACACGCCGGCUUCCCGGUGUUCAAGACUGUUGAACAGAAUCUAAAGAAUGCCAGCUCCUGGUCGUCGCUGGCAUCGGCCAGCUCACCGCAGAACACGGCGACAACGUCGAGCAAGCCCAAGCCGGCCAUGGACUCGUUCCAGCAAUUCCGCAACAAAGCCAAAGAACGUGAUCGCCUCAAGCUGCUCGAAGCGGCCGAGAAGGAGAAGAAGCACCAGAAGGAAGCUGCCGAGAAGGAACAGCAGCAGCAGCGCAAGCAUCACAAGUCCUCCUCAUCCUCCUCGUCAGCGUCAGCUGCGGCCGCUGCUGCUGCUGCUGCUGCGGCGGCGGCAGUCUCAGCAACACAGGCGGCGGCUGCUGCUGCGCUCGCCAAUGUGGCUGGCAAUCCAGCCAGUGUUGGCAGCAGCAACAGUAACAGCAACAACAACAAUAACAACGGCAACAACAGCAGCAGCAACAACAAUGCCGGCAAUUCGGGGGCUCAGUCGGGCUCGCAGAGCAGCGGUGAACGCGAUCGGGCGAGCAGCAGUGCCACAGAUGCAUCGCGCAUCGGCAGCAGCAGCGGCGGCAACAACAGCAGCAACUCGGCCAACAGCAAUGGACCUGGCAGUGCCGGCAGCGGCAGCGGUGGUGCUGCUGGCGGUGGCGCCAAUAGCGGCGGCAGCGCCAGUGGCGGACACCUGGCCAAUGCCGGCAGCAAUAGUAACAGCGGCGGCGGCAUCGGCAGCGGGGCGGCCAGCAGCAACAGCAACAGCAGUCUUGGCGGCAACAUUGGCACCGGCUCCAGCAGCCAGGGCGGCGGCAACAGCAGUGGUGCUGGCGGUGGCGGCGGCAGUGCGGCUAGCGGCAGCAACGGCAGCAAUCUGGGCAUUGGUGGUGGCGCCUCAAUCGGUGGCACUGCCUCCGGCAACGGGCAUCAGUCCGCCAGCAGUGCCCAGGCUCAGCAUGCGGCAGCGGCGGCCGCAGCUGCUGCGGCAGCGGCACAAGCCACCGCAGCGGUCUCUGCCUCAGUGCUGGCUGCCUCACCACUGGGUGCCAUGGAAAGUGGACGGAAAAGCGUGCACGAUGUGCAGCCGCAGAUAUCGCGAAUGGACGACAUUAAGGCGUCGCCGGGUCAGGGACAGAAUUCGCCGGCGCAGCCAUCGCCGCAGGAUCGUGCGGCUGCCAAACGGGCGGAGCAGCGACGCGCCGAACAGGAGAGACGCAGACGCGAAGCGAUGGCUGGACAAAUCGAUAUGAACAUGCAGAGCGAUCUCAUGGCCGCCUUUGAAGAGACUCUGUAGGCAACGGCCGCGACGGCUGCGUCGUCGACAAGCAGAUCCCACAGCAAGUCUCAUAGCGGUGGACCCAGAUUGCAUUCACAUAGACGGCGGUCGCAUCACCACAGAAAACACCGUGAAUAAAACAAG